UGCUCCGGUGUGCGGCUAUUGGACCCAAGUGUACUUUCUUCUCUGUUGUCAAAGCAGCUUGGUGGUUUCUACAUCUGGACUUACACAUGCCAACUGAUCCAAACAUCAUCCUCGAAGUAUAAAGAGCUUCAAGCAGCCAAGGACGCCUCAAAGGCACCUAACAUCCACCAAAAUGCCGGUCGAGAAUCGCAUCUUCUCAAGGAAAGAGAUGGAGAACAACGAACUGUUGUUAGUGUGCAAUGGACAAAGGCUAGUGAAGGUGGAGAAACACAAGCUGUAAGGCUCAUUCUUUUCUUGUCCAAUCGACUUGUGGUGCAAGAAAAGUUACAUUGUCGUUACUCUAUUGUCAUGACAAUACAUCAUUCUGAAGUAAAGUUAGAGAACCUCUUCACUAGAGGAGCUAAUUUCGCCUCCUACACUUGCUGCAAUAGUUGGAUUCAUUGUUGGGGCAAUCACAUUCUUAAGAACCUCAUAAUCGGUGAGGAUGCACCCCUUCAUGUGAUACAGGACACUAUUCAACUACUAGGGUUUACGCUCUUCGAGAAUCAGACCAUGGGCUAUCGCUGGGGUGAUUUGUGUUCAUUAUGUGAUACUUCCGGUGAUUGGCAUCGGAGUCAUGAAGGCUGCCAGCAAGCUUGAUUUUCUGGCAUCGGACCCAUGGUAUCACUAUGUCUUGAUGGUUCAGUUCACACUCCCACACUCCCACCAGCCAUGAAUAUUGGUAAGUAUGGCUAGCUAACUUCUCCUAAGAGAAAGGAAGAGGAAAAAGAUAGUCAGAUAAAAAGACCAUCUUUUAAGUCUACUUUAUUAGUUUCAUGCCGAGAGGGCAUAUGAUGCAGUAUGUGAAGCAAUGCAGACUUCCUGUACCUUUGUCCAAUUUUUCUGAAGUAAAAACACGUCUCGGCUAGUCACUUGCACUUCUACAUAUUCAAUCGAGCAACAUAGACAAAAUCUUGAUUGCAGAACGGGUAUUUAGAAUGAAUCUUUCACGCAAAAACAACAGAUGGAGAGCUCAACAUUGGAAAGUAAGUAUAAUUCAACCAAAGUAGGUCUAGUUCACCGAGUAUUUUCAUGCUACUAAUUCUCUCAAGAGAGCUGCUGAUAGUUUUGUGAAAUUUGCAGGACAGUGACCCAGCUCUUUGACGUGGGGCAAGAGGAGUGCUCAGUGCUCUUCCUCUGGACAUACUUGUUUGCAUUCAUAGUUCUCACUAUCUGGUCAACUGUAUGCAUGUGGAUCUUGUCCUAAUACUAUAUUUUCAGGCUAAUCGAAUGAGAGUCGGAC